AUGCGGCAUCAGCACAAGAAGCGGGGUAGCAGCACCGCCCAGCGGCCCCGCCAGUCGCCCGCUCCGUCCCCCCCCGAUGGCAGCGUUACCGCCGCAUCUGCUUUUCCCCCGAUGGUCGGGGGGGAUCCUGGUUCCGUUGUUGUCCUCUCGGAGGACGAUCAUCAGUCUAUCCCUGACUCCGGUGCGUCUGUUCUACGUUCCAAAGUUUCCUGUCGCAGCCCCAAGGGAGAGGCCAUGGCAGCGGAAUCACCGGCUGUCGCAAAGGCCGUCAAGCACGAGUACGAGAAGGCCCUCUCGGCCCUCCGCCGGGGGAACCAUACCAAGGCCACUCGGCUGAUGAAGGAGGCGGUUGUCCGCCAUAGCUCGUCCGCCAUUCUCCACCGGGUUAACGGGACAGUGUCCAUCAAGGUGGCCUCUCUCAUGGACGACCACAGCGUCAAGCUGCGCCACAUCCGUAGCGCCGUUGAUUCCGCCCGACGUGCUGUCGCGCUUUCACCAUGCUCGGUCGAGUUCGCGCUCUUCUACGCCAAUUUGCUCUACGAAGCGGCGACAGACAGUAAGGACUACGAAGGGGUGGUCCAGGAGUGUGAGCGUGCCCUUUCCAUCUCCGACCCGAUCGACCCUGCCAGGGAAAGUCUCGACGAGGAAGAAUCGCAUCACAGGCUCGGCCCUACGCCAGAGGCUAGGAUCGCUCAUGUGCACCAGGAGCUCCGGUUACUCAUACAGAAGGCCAACAUUGCUUCCAUUUCCUCGUGGGUAAAGAGCCUUAACGGGGCUUCUUUGGGAGAGGACAAGUUUCACUUGGUUCCCGUUCAUCGACUCCCCUCCUCCGAUGACUUAACGGAGCUGAGGCACGUCUCCUCUGCUCGUCGUCCCAGUGAGAUAAAGAAAGCCACAAAGACACUGGAGGAGCGGCGCAAGGAAAUCGAAGUCCGUGUAGCUGCUGCCCGACUUCUCCAGCAGAAGCUAUCGCCAUCCUCCGACCGUGACGACGAGCCAUCAACCCCACUUUCGUCGCCUUCCUCGUCCACUUCUUCUGGUGCUCAGAGACUUGUGGAGCGGAGGAAGGCUAUAAAUUUACGGAAGGUCAUGUCCUCAGUUGACCGAAUGGAGCAGGUCACGCGCUACUGGAAGUCAAUGGACCCAGAGAAGAGAGUGAGCUUCCUUAACAUCUCUGUCUUGGACCUGAAGCAGCAUUUUAUAAUCUUGAAAGACAAUGCUUCCUCAGACAUCCUGACGGAGGCAUUGUCAUUUGCUGAAGCCAAUAGGGGAUGGAAGUUCUGGCUCUGCUGCAAGUGCGGUGAGAAGUUUGCAGAUUCCGACUCCCAUGCGCAGCAUGUUAUGCAGAAACAUAUGGAGAGCCUACCACGGAAGCUGAAGUCAGUGUUGCCUCAAGAACCAGUCGGAGACUGGGUGGAGAUGCUUAUCAGUGGUAGCUGGGAACCAGUUGACUUAUAUGCGGCUGUGAAAGUGCUCGAGGAAGAACAUCGAUCAAAUAGUCCGUUUCUAUCGUCAGAGAUCACCUCUUGUGGUAAGGACAGGGACUCACCCUCGGAUUGUUGCAGAUCCACGGAUACACAUGAUUCAUUUUCUUCUUCCAAGGGAGAUUCUAAUAUCAAUGGUACCUGCAGUGGGGCUCCUGGGGACCAGAGGGAUACUUGUAUCAAUAAUUUUGAUGUUGACAAUUUAUAUAAAUGGCCUCUAUCUAAUGACACGGAGAGGUCCAAGCUUCUUCAAAGAAUUCAUGAAUUGUUUCAGUUGCUUCUACAGCAAAGGUGCUUAGCUGCAGCCCACCUCGACAAGGUGAUACAGUUUAGUAUGAAUGAGGUUCAAGGUCUUCCAUCUGGUUUUCGAAUUCUCAGUCGAGCACUCAACCGGUCACCCGUCAGCAUCUGUUUCUUGAACGCUUCUCAGCUUCGCAAAGUACUACGGUUUUUGCAAGAACUCUCGCAUUCAUGUGGGUUGGGACAAUGUGAGAAUCGCUUAAUUGAUGAUAUUCAUAGUGUUGCACAGGGCAGUGAUUUAUCAGAGGAAAACUUUCUUAUCUGUGAUUCUUUAAAGCUUCAGUUAGACAAACACUUCUUCACUAGCAAACUUAUCAGCAUUGGUACUGAUAAUUCUGGCACCGAUGAUGGUACGGACUCAUUUGACACUGAUGCUUUUAUAAUGUGGUUAUUUCCUGGUGCAUCAAUCGGGGAAGAUCUUGCAGCGUGGACUUAUAUGAGGGAGGAGAAAUUGCGACAAGGGAAGGAAGUGCUUCAGUUGCUUGAGAAAGAGUUAUACCUGUUACAAAAUGAGUGUGAAAAAAAAUGCGAACAUUUAAUCUAUGAGGAGGUGUUGCAGGAUGUUGAAAACCUCUGCUUGGAAGAAGUCAGGAGGAAGGAUAACAGUGUGACUUUUGAUAAUCUUAGUUAUGAAGCUGUCUUGAGGAAAAGGAGGGAAAAACUUCUCAAAAGGGUGGAUGAUGUGGUGCCAAUGAACAGCCGAUUUGAACUAGAUGUCAUUUCCAAGGUUCUUAAAGAAGGAGAAUCCUUGAUGGCCUCUCAAUUUGGAUCUGAUGAGACGACAUCUGGUGUAACAUCUCACCCGUGUGAAGUGCAUGCUGGGUAUGAUGAUGAAAUGAAAGUGCAGGAUUCUUUGUACAAAGCAGACAAUUGUAUUGCAAUAGCCAUCCAGAGGCAGAAAGAACUAUUGUCUUUGGAGGUCAGUCCCAUAUUCUUCAUCUUUGAACAACUUGUAGUGGCGCUAAUCAUUUACUAUUUAGUAAUAUUUUUUUGUGCUUUACAGCUCAGCAAAAUUGAUGCAAGGAUCAUGUGUAAUGUUACCCGGCUGCGAUUGUUGGAGAGCAGACUAGGGCCAGCAUUAUCUUUUGAUUACCGCCUUGUUCUUUUGCCUCUUAUGAAAUCAUUCAUACGGGUUUGUAUUGAUCUUUUAGUGCUUUUGGUGUUAAGCUGUGCACCAAAAGCAUUACAGCCUCGUCUGUUUGGUGUACUAACUUUAUUCUAUGUUCUCUCGUAGUCACACUUGGAGGAUCUAGUGGAUAAAGAAGCCAUGGAGAAAUCUGAUGCCGCAAGGGAAGCUUUCCUGGCGGAACUUGCUUUGGAUGCCAAAAAGAAUGUCAGGAAAACCUGUGAACAAUCAAAGCUGACACAAGAGAAGUUGAAGGAUAAGAGGAAGGGCAGAGAGCACCGAAAAUCUAAAGAUAUAAAGGUUUAAAUUGUAUUUUUCACGCGUUACUUCCUUUAGCGUGCCUAGUUUCAUCCUAUGAUUUCGUUUUAUUAAAUGUAUAACUUUUCAGGCACUUAAUGGCAACGAGCGGCCUUUGGACUUGUCAGAAGAGGAAGAAAAGUCGUAUGCCUGCCUUUCUCUUUGUUUCUUUCUUCUGAAUCACGACAUUUGCUAUACUUUGCACCCAUGUUAAUUUUUCUGUUCUUUCUUUCUUUCUGUUCUUCCCUUUUUUUGCCCUUGAGGGCUAGGGAAAUCUUGCUGGGAAAUCUUUGGGCAUUCAUUCCCAAGAAUGCAAAUUGAAGGAUCCCCAAAUACAUUAAGUGUUCUGCGUAGAAAUUUCCACAAUAAAUAAGCAAUUCGUAAACUCCAUAUGCAUAAAGAUUUUUUUUUUAUGCUCUCAUCACUUUUUCCUCACAUGUGAUAAAUUUAGCACUUAACUCUCUCUUGUUUCCUCCAAACUAAGGGCACUUAUCAUGAGAUAUCUAUUAUAGAAAUGGGAUAUUUCUGAAAAUUCGUGACGUAAUGUGCAGUAGAACCUUCUAACGAACUUCAAAAUCUUUGGGACAAGUCAUGGACUGUGGGAUUGAUUGAUUUGGAUUGUCACUAGCGGAUAUGAUUUAAGAAAGUUACCAAACCUGUCCCACUUAAGCUGGUCGCCACAUAAUGCCAAAGGGAUUGGAUAUUCUGGUUUGAUAUGAUCAGAAUUCGUGAAGGAUUCUUUAUUUGUAGUGGCUUAUGGGGCCACCUGAUCCAAUCCUGUGUGCAUCACGGAUCAAGUAGAAUCUGUUGAACGACGAGUUCUGAGAAUACCAGAUUUAAACAAUAAUGUCAGUUUUAUUAAACAUUCAGGCUUCGUGCUCCGAAUGUUUUUUGUUGUGAAGUGUGAUUUACACUUUUCUCUUGAUAAUUGUGAAAUUUGUUUCACUCUCUCUUGAUAUCGUAUUUUUGACCUGGUAUAUUUUAAUGUGAUGCAGUUCUGGUUUUUCGAUUGUCCCUGGUGCAAGUCACAUUCAGCCACAGCCCACAUCAAGUGCUUAUUUGAAUCAACAGGAUGCAAAUAGGCAUAAAAUUGACCAUGAGGGAGAAGAGAAGAAACUUGGAGAAGCCUUAGAGUACCAAAGGAGGAUAGAACACGCGGCAAAGCAAAGGCACCUAGCAGAACAAGGCAGGCUGGUUCGUGCAACUUCUCCGGAUGAUGAAAAGAGUGAUAAUUCAGAAAAUAAUGUACAAUAUUUAGGUUCGGAAAGACAAUCAGGACGGCAUGAUCAGACUAGGCAUCUCGAUGAUGAUUCCUCUAUUGAUGUAGGAGAGAUAAAGUUUGGUAAUGUUUGUUGGUCGGAUUUCAUUUCGGCAAAGGCUUGUCAAAAACCCAACGUCGGUUUAAGGAAAGAAAAUCUAGGUAGAUAUAAUCUACUGGUUUAUUUCGGAAGAGCAGGCAUGCUUGAAUAGAAUAUAAAUGUUAUUUUAUUUCUGGGUUUGCAGGUAACGCAGAAAUGGACGUGAACAUCAAGGAAGAAAGUGAUAUCCAAGGGAAAUGUUCUGCUAAUGCUGAGUCUCAGAAUACUAAGUGGGAACUUGUGCAGUCUCAUUCAAAAAAGAAUCAAGGUUCGUCCUCCUCCUUGGUCGGGAAACUUUAUCAAAAACUUUACCUUUUUACUUGUGGUUAACUUACCAUAUCUGUAGAUCAAUAGUUUUCAUGAAAAUAAACAACUGAACCUGCAUUACCUCAUGUAGAUCUGUUGGGAGGUUUACAUGACAAUGCAUUAGUUUCUGAUCAUAGAAAAGGUGGGCCUGAAAAUCGGCAUGAUGUAAGGUCACCUGAGGGAUGUUCCAGCCCCACGUCUGAGAGUUAGUGUUAUGAAGUUUCUCACUCAAAUGAUGCAGGUCUAGUUGAAACUUGUAUUUAUACCUAUGGAUGUCCUUUUACAGUUUUCCUCCCCACUGUUAUUAGAGUUUAAGAUUCAUGGCAAUGAAUUUUACUAGUGGUGUUAGGUAGAAGAAUACACAACUAAUGCUUGAGACCUAGGGUGAUCUGAAGUUAGAUCAAGUUGUUUUGGUUUUUUCUGAUGAAGAACUACUUCGUUGACCAGAUUAGAGUUUAAUGUAUUUUUUUCCCCUGUCUUACCUACCAUAAACAUCUUCUCUGUUGUUACCUUCUUUGUCUGAAUCAUACACCUUUUAGAACCCCUAACUUGCACCUUUCGCUAAUAGUUGCUAUCAUGCCCCGAAUUUUUUCCAUAAUUCUGGUUCGGUGGUGUUCUCAAAACCAGAAACAAUUAUUUAUUUAUUUAUUUAUUUAUUUAUUUCCGAUUGCCAGAACUGUCAUCAGGAUCCAUUCACUCGACAUUGAAAAUUUCUCUACAUUUCUUCUAAGAUUUUAGACCUAAAAAAAUCCGUGAUUCUCUACUCAUAUCGAAUUCUGGGUAAUAUGCUGCCAUUUUUUUGUCUGAUAUUUUAUUUUUGAGUUUUUUAUCAUAGGAAAAAAAAUUAAAUUAUCCAACCAAUUUUUUUCAGCUUUUCUCCAUCUUGCAGAAAUAUCCUUUGCUAGGAUCACUCAUUUUUUGCAUGCCAAACAAUGAUACACCCCUACAGGUAGGCCUUGUUAAUGGAUGAUACAUGUGAUAUGGGAACAUCCACGGGGAUCAUUCUGUAAGAUUAUUUCCGAAUAAAGUAUCGGAGAUAUCUUUUACGUCUGGCCGCUGGUUUGUUGUCAACUUAAACCCCAUAGUGCCAGACGGCUAGCCAUGGUAACUUCAUGCGGGUCUGGAUAUGCCAGAAGAUUUCAGGGUCACCAUAAAAAGUACUUCUCUUGAUCUCACAGUUUUAAGUUUCAAGCAACCAGGCGAACCCUUAAAUAUUCCCCUAGGUUGUGUGGAAGCCUAGACAAGGAGGAGAAAGGCAGCUUUAGUAUCGAUUUAUGAAAAAAUUCUGUAGGUCAACCAUCAGCCAAAGUGUGAAGCGAAGCUCAAAUCUGUUUUGCCAUUAUGUAUGAAGCCAUAGCAAGGUUAUGAGAAGACGUGGUGGUGUAAAACAUCCACGCAUGUUGGUUUUUAUGCGUCAAGGUGAAGAGCACACUGGUGUGAAGCAGUUGUUGGGUGCCUUGUUGGUGCAUGGUCCAGCACAACUUUGUGAAGAUAAAUUCGUCAUCCUACCUAUGAUUGUGACCCUAAUUAUGCAAUCGACAAAUGUAUGAAUCCUGAUCAGUCAUCGGUUGUCUGAAAAAUUAGAUUUUGGAACCCGUUGACAUGAUUAAUAGGUAGCAUUGCUAAGUAAUGGAUGCACAUGCAUAUCUCCUAAAUGAUAUAUCAUUAUUCAAAGAAAAUUUUAAUGAAGGGUCAUGGGGUGAGAGAAGACAGUAACUUUAAAAACCAUGAGGCCUAGUUUUCUGAAAAUGUCCAUAGAGUGGGAACGUACUAGUUUUCAGUAAACUUAGCAUGGAGUAGCUUUUGCAAAACCAUUUCUUGUGUUUUUUUCUUGGUAAUUGAGUCAAUAUGAAACAGUGUUCUUUGAAGUACUAUUCCAUUUAGAUAGCCUCUUAUCUAUCUUUGCUUUGUUUUGUUAGAUUUGGAACAUCUCAUAUCUGAAAACCCCUUUUUAAUUCCAGGGGACGGUGGAAGAAGGAUACCAAUUCAAUUUAAUACUGAAGAUAUUGAUGAGGAACGAUUUCAAACUGACCUUAGAAAAGAUGUGUGCCAGAGUGUAGGUUAGUCCGAAAAAUAUCCCCUUAAUUCCUGAUCACCUUAUGGUUAUAUUUACGUAUACUGUUUGCUGGGUAUCCAUGAUAUAAAACUGGAUUAUGUUAUGUUGCUGUGGUGGCUGAAGCUUGAUUUCGAUCUUAAUCUGAACUGCUUUAGAAAAUUUAAAAUCCAUGGUGGCUGUGGCAUUUUUAAUACCAACCUUCUGGUUUGUGGUUACCGUUUCGUGUUUGAGGUCAAAACAAUUAAUCCUUUUAUUAUUUAUUGUUUCAAAAAUGCUUUGUGAAAUCCGAUUCACAUCAAAUCUGUUCUUUCUUGAGACCAAGCCUGCUUGAUUAGCUUUAUAUGCAUUUAUAUUACCGUUUUUAAAUUGUGCUGUUUUGGCCAAUUUUCGUUGAUGCUGCAUUCGACACAAGGGUGAUCCACCAGUGCCUUUAUUAUACCAAAAAUAUACUCAUAUUUUACGUUUGGACUUCUUAAAUUUGCCACAUUCAAAGCACUUCAAGAAAUUACAGCAUUUAGUCGUAAGGCCCAAAAUGUGAAUGUCAGCUACUGUUGUCAAAUUGGUUUCUUUACUUUUACCUUUCAUUUAGCCCUUGUCAUAUACAUCAACACAAAAUACACAAAAGCUUAAAUUCCAUUUAUACGGAUCUUUUUCUUUGUUCAUUUAACUCAGUCUUUCUGGAUCUCUUCAAGCAAUUCUAUGGUCUAUUGACAAGAACAAAAAGGUGGGCCCUUAAGUUUCUCCAAGUUUCUCAGGAGAAUUUUCAGCAUCAGUUGAUCAAAAUCUUCAUCCGUUUUUUGAUGCACAAGCACUUUAUUCCUGCAUCGUGAGAAUAGCCCAAUUCUCAAGAUUUUCCAGUGGAGAUAUAGUGGUUGUGCAGAGAGAAAAAGCAUGGGAAAGGAUAAGCAUGUACGUACAGAAGGAAGAUUGUUGUUCUUUUCUGAAUGUCACGCCGUGGCAAUAGAAAAAAGGAUGGGAAUUUUCUGUCAGGAGCUUGCAGGUGUGUGGUUGUGAAUAAUUCAUAGUAAUUCGCUUAUGGUUCAGUAGUCCCUGGGGAUUAUGACAUGAGACUGGUUUCGACUGGUUUCGACUGGUCUCACUUAAGAAGGCGUGACAAGGACAUUGAGAGGCUUUUGAAUGGUCGAUUAUAAUGUGAUGGAUGACUGUCUCUUCACGUUCUUUCCAUCUUGAAAGUUUUUCGUUAGGAGCGUGCAUGAACAUUGCUAGACCCCUACUGGAAAAUACUCCACCAAAUGUGAAAAACUUUGUUAUCUGGUGUUUAUGAAGGCGAUUUGGUAGCACAUCUUUGAGCUUGCAUAACCUUGUGAUGCUCGUGAUGCCAUAAAUGAUCACAGGAGUUGACGGCGUCCUUAGUUUUGCUAUAAAUUUCUCUGAGACAGCUGGUUGGGGGGAGAAUUGAGGACAUAGAAUUUUUUUUCUUGCGCCAAAUUUGGCUAAAAAAAUUCUGAUUUCCCUAUCCAAUACUCGUGUUAGGAUUGCCAGAUGGACUCACUGGUCUUCAAGUUUGAAUAAUGCCUGUUGAAAAUUUAAAAGAAUUGUGCAAAGGUCGAAAGCAAAAGUUCUUCUGUUCAUUUUCACAGUUAUUUUUUGUCUAGGACCCCUUGAACAUUUAGGAAAAGAAGUGAAGCCGUUACAAGUGCCAUAUUUUUGGAAAGGGUUUGAUGAUGCCAAUGCAGGCCUGCAUUUGGUCAGUUAUCAUGAGGUGUCCAAAUGAAAGAUAUGUGGAGGUGUGGCUAGGGUCCACUAUUGGAUGAGAAUGAUCAUGACCAGGAAAAUUACAAACUUCAUUAAGUGGAGUAUGCAACCAACUCGCAUCUCCGGAUUGCCAGCUUUGUGGGGGAAUAUCUUAUUUUGUGAAUAAAUUAUUCGAAUCUCACUCUUUUAUAUUGAUAAUAUGCUAAAAAUACCCUGUUAUGAGAAUCGUCUUUUUAUGUUAACCAGCAUGUCUGGGAUUUAUUUAAGAGGAUAUGUGAUUUAUCCUUGGACGUAGAAAAUGUUGUACAACUGAGAGAACGAGAGUUGUGGAAGGGACAAUUGGUUGCGUGUCCAGCUCAGAGUUUGGUGAGGUGAUUAUCUUGCUCAACACUCUUCAUAAAGUCUGUUUGAGAUGAAGGGUGGGUGUUUUGGUUUACUAAAGUUUAUAUUUUUCCCUCGAAACUCGUUUUAAAAAGGAUCAUAUUUCUGAUAGGAAAAAAAAGUUCAGCUGUUAGUGCAGCCUGCAUGUGGUUUAGCUUGUAUAUUAUCUUGUUAGUGUGACCUGAAAUUUGUAAACGGUAUCCUGGAACUUCGGAUUUUUUGCUACAAGAAUGGACAACUCACCAGGCUAUUUGUUUUGGUGCAUGCUGACAUCUCUGGUUGUUAAUGUUCAAAUGGACGCAUUGUUAAUCGUGUAACUAAAACGUAGCUCGACAUGCUAUAUUAUUUCGUAAUCUUCUAUCCAAAGCUAGCCAUUUUAAAGGUAAGGAAGUUUAUUAUCUUCUUCGAAAUUUGUUCAGAUUAUCAUAAGAACUUUCAUUUUAUUGCAGACACCGUUAGUACUCCUAAAUCUAUGCCUGCGGCUCCCACAGUAAGCAUGCUAAAAGCCUUAUUUGUGGACGAGGGCCAUUCUGGGCCCCCAUCAACAGACAAAAGUGCAACAGGGAAGGAUUUACUUGGAGUAGGUCUUAAGAAUGAAGCUGGGGAAUACAAUUGUUUUUUGAAUGUAAUUAUACAGGUCGGUACUAAUGAAAUUUCCAUCUUAUAUUUUUUUUUGUUGUAUAUUUUUUUAAUCGCAGUUUUCACUUCGAUUGUUGAAAUCUCAUGUGUUUUUCUUCCUGGUAAAAAUAAAUACAGUCAUUGUGGCAUUUGAGACGGUUUCGGGAUGAGCUUCUCAGGUUAUUGCCAAAACACGUGCAUGUGGGAGAUCCCUGUGUUGUUUGUUCGUUGAACGAUAUCUUUACCUCCUUAGACCUGGCCUCAACGGAGAGGCAUACUGAUGCUAUUGCUGCCACUUGUUUACGAACUGCCUUGAGCAACUUGUACCCAGAUAGCAAUUUCUUCCAGGAGGUAUACAUAAAAAGCAUCUGAUAAUUUAUUAGUUAUUAGCCCAUUUACCUCCAAAUUUUUUUGGGUAAGAAAUUUGUGUGAUUUAUACACUUUCUAUGACUGAUAUGCUCGAGAUUGCACGAUUUUCUUCAUACAAUGUCAUCAAAUCAAUCCUAAUUUCUCUGUGGUGGUAGAUCUGAAUUGUUUUUUUUAACGAACAGGGACAGAUGAAUGAUGCUUCUGAGGUUUUGGCUGUGAUCUUUGACUGCUUACACCAGUCGUUUACGAAGGAAGAACAAAUGACUGAAUCGGAAGAGAACACUAGCAUGGGUUCAUGGGACUGCAUGAACAGUUCUUGUUUAGUACAUCAUCUUUUUGGAAUGAAUAUAUUUGAACAAAUGAAGUGCUAUAAUUGUGGCAUGGAGUCCAGGCAUCUUAAGUAUUCAUCGUUUUUCCACAAUAUCAACGCAAACGGACUCCGAAUGAUGAAGGCACGUCUGAUGUUAUUGUGAUAUAUUGGAAAUAUAUUUUGUGUGUGGGUUAUCACUAGUAUACUGAAUUCCCACCAGAAUUAUUUUUGAAUCGUAAAUUUUCUUUUAUUUUUUUUAGGUUGCAUGUGCAGAUAGUUCUCUUGAUGAGCUUUUGAAGCUUGUGGAGAUGAAUCACAAAUUAGCUUGUGAUGUAGAGGCUGGUGGCUGCAGAAGACUUAAUCCUAUUCAUCAUAUUCUUUCGACUGUGCCUAAAUUCUUCACAAUAGGUGAUGUCUGUCAGAUAUUGAAUUCUUUUGAUUUUUCUUCUCUCAUGGUAUUCUCUAUCAAUGUCUUGACAUUAACUUUGCCUCCUUGUUAUAGUUUUGGGUUGGCAGAAAACCUGCGAAAGUGAAGAUGACAUAUCUGCUACAUUAGCUGCUUUCACCACUGAAUUAGACAUUGGCAACCUUUAUCAUGGCAUGGACAUGGGGAACAAGCAUUCCCUUGUUUCUAUGGUAUAUUUCGAAGACCAGUAGCUAUAGAUUGUUUACUUUGUCCUCGACAUAGUGAGUAAAGUUUAUGAAGUUUAGCUAAAGGAAAGAGCGAAUGAAAUGAUGGAUCGUCCCUGAUAAUCUUGAUUCUCUUUUUCCUCUUAUGUCACUGUGUACUUCUUACACAGGUCUCCAGAUCUAUUGUGCCGAAACACCAUGUUAAAAUCUGUUUUGAUGUUGUUGUCUCCAAUCAAAAUAUCACUAAUCUCUUGGGUUACAGAUAUUUACCGUUAGGGAUUGAUCACUUCUAGGAUGUUUUCAUUCUCAACUUUGAACAUUGGCACAUAGAAAAUGUGAGACAAGAUAUGGGACUACGAAAUAUAAUGUUCGAGGGACUUCGGAAUUGUGUGCUGGUUAAUAUGGCUAAGCUCUGUGGCAUAAAGGAUCGGCCAGCGCCCAGCUGAGUUUUGGAACUGUGCUUUUUUCUUGAGUUCACUUUAACAGCUACAAGUACGUUCGAGAGUACUCGUGGUAGGCAGCCUUACUGACAUAAUUCUUGAGAAUAAGGGGGUACUUUUACACUAGUCACAUGAGUGCCGACACGCCUUUGACAGCCGUUAAUGACGAGUGUUGAACGUUUCUAGUUUUUUGGAUUUAAUAGUUCUUGUCUAAGCUAAUGUAUCCCUGAAUAUAUCCUUGUGUUUUCAUUCUUGAUUUUAGACAGUUAUGAUGAUAAUUUUUUUUAUAAUUAAUUAUCACUUUUCUUACCUCUGAUCAUUUGAAAAUAGUCUACCUUGUUGUCAGAUUUAUUGUUUAAGUUUGAAGAUGUUCUUAAAGUGUUCCCGUUUUAAUCCCAUUAAGUAGCAAUCUCAGGGAUCCAUUUAGUUUGUAUUCAUCUUUACGUGGUGAAGAUCUUCAGUUUCAUGCCACAAACAUCUCUUCCAGAUUUAUCAUACCCUUUGAACUUUAUAAGGUGGCCUCGAUAAAACUUCUCUAACUUUUUCGUCCAUAUCAUCAGGUCAUAUUCCUGAGAUUUGAAAAUUCGCCAAUAAUUUUGAUUUUAUACGAACCUAAAUAAUAUCUUAUGGGUUCACGUCCAAAAUCCUCAUUUGUCUUAUAUCAUUCAAUUUGGGUGUAUUAUAUUUUUUCUGACACAGUGAUCAAGAUCCUUCAUUCUCUAGUAUUAUCUUGCCUACCAGUGAGGGCCUAUUGUGUCCAUAUUUCUGUUUGGAUCAGUUCUACUACAACUAGUGAUAUCUUUCUCUGCCACAUACUUUCCUUAUAAAUGAAAUCAUAAGCAUAAUUAUCGCUAGAAUCAUGAAAUGUAACUACCAAAACCGAUUCGAGGGAAAUGCCCUUAUUGCAUACCUUGGCUUGAAAAAGCUUACUACUAAAUUUUGGUACCAUCACGAGAUAUUUUUUCAAACAAGUUUUACAAGGUGUUGACUUCUUUGUACUUUGAUGACAUGCUUUUUUUUACGACUGAUUAGCCCUUUAAGUUUACAUUUCUUCAAUUUGCAGGUAUGCUAUUACGGUCAGCACUAUGUCUGCUUUGCUUAUUGUCAUCAACAUGCAGAAUGGGUCAUGUACGAUGAUUACAAAGUAAUGGUAAGAAUCAUACUGUGAUAAAGAUGAUCGCAUACCGAGUGAUUUUUCUUAUUACCUAUAAAUAAUUUGAUUCAAACAGGUUAUCGGAGGAUGGAGUGAUGUUCUCUCCAGGUGCAAAAGAGGACACCUACAGCCCCAAGUCCUUUUCUUUGAAGCUGUGGAUUGA